GGCGGGGCGGAGCCGGGCAGGCGGCAGCAGCGCGCAUGGGCCCCGCUGGCGGCCAGAGCCUUUCUCUGCGCCGCGGAGCGUGUGUUAGGGGGGCGUGUGCCGGCCGCGGCUCCCCCCGUCCACGGAGCGGUCCCGGGGCCGUUCCCCGCGGCUUGGGGCGCGUCGCCCCCUCACCUGCGACGACGACAGCGGCCAUGUCGGGACGCGGCUGGUAGGCGGCGGUGAGGGCGCCCGGGCUCGGUUCCCCCGCGGCGGCGGAGCGAGAUGGUGACUGCUCUGCUUUUGCAUGCAGUAGAUGUGGGAUGCCCGAAUUGUUGCUAUUCUUGUGGUGGGUCACAGUCACAUGCUAGUUUUGGAUGCCAGGCAAAGGAGUGAAGCCAGCCUGGGAGCUCUGUAAACCCAGCUGUCUCCCCCCGGUCACUAACUCCAGUUUCUGCAUGAUCAUUGGUAACCAUCAGACCAGCCUCCAUGUUCAGAAUGAUGAAGUCCUCUGUACAUACAGAAGAAGAUGACUUUGUGCCAGAGCUUCAGAGAAGCAUCCAUCCCCGGGAGAGGCCAGACUGGGAGGAGACUCUCAGCGCUAUGGCAAGAGGUGCGGAUAUCCCUGACAUUCCAGGGGAGUUGCCGCUUCGGACUUGUGGCAGCACAGCAAGUAUGAAAGUGAAGAAUGUGAAAAAAUACAUCAACCCGGGACUGAUGGGCUGUGAUGCCUUUCACAGGUUAUCCUUUACAAAAGGUCAUUUCCCGAAGAUGGCUGAAUGUGCGCAUUUCCAUUACGAAAACGUGGACUUUGGCAACAUACAGCUCUCGCUCCCGGAGGAACAGAAUGAAGUGACGAGGAACGGCUGCGAAUCCAAGGAGCUGGUCUACCUUGUACAGAUCUCGUGCCAGGGAAGGAGCUGGAUCGUGAAGCGGAGUUACGAAGACUUCAGAGUUCUCGAUAAACAUCUUCACCUGUGUAUUUACGACCGGCGUUUCUCCCAGCUCUCAGAGCUACCCCGCUCCGAUGCCCUGAAGGACAGUCCAGAACUUGUCAGCCAAAUGCUGAUGUCUUACCUGGCCCGUCUCUCGGCCAUCGCAGGCAACAAGAUAAACUGCGGGCCUGCUCUCACAUGGAUGGAGAUUGAUAACAAGGGGAAUCACCUGCUAGUCCAUGAGGAGUCAUCCAUUAAUGUUCCUGCUAUUGCUGCUGCCCAUGUUAUUAAGAGAUAUAUUGCUCAGGCAGCAGAUGAACUGUCCUUUGAGGUGGGAGACAUAGUGUCUGUUAUUGACAUGCCCCCAAAGGAGCUGACCACAUGGUGGAGAGGCAAGCAUGGAUUUCAGGUUGGAUUUUUUCCUAGCGAGUGUGUUGAACUAAUUAACGACAAAGUUCCUCAGUCUGUGACCAAUUCUGUGCCAAAACCAGUCUCCCCUGCCCACGGAGCCCGUCCAGCGUCCUGGAGCUACUUCCCCCCUUAUUUGGAGAUGGAUAGUGUAAAGCCAGGUUCUGCAUGUGUUACAGAGGCUCUGAACCAGUCCCAGCUGAGCUCAGUGUCAAAAAAACACGGCAAGCUCAUCACCUUCCUCCGUACAUUCAUGAAGUCGCGCCCAACAAAGCAGAAACUGAAGCAGCGGGGGAUCCUGAAGGAAAGGGUGUUUGGCUGUGACCUGGGAGAGCAUCUUCUCAACUCUGGCCAUGAUGUCCCCCAGGUCCUCAAGAGCUGCACUGAAUUCAUUGAGAAACAUGGCAUUGUGGAUGGAAUAUAUCGUCUGUCUGGGGUCGCGUCCAACAUCCAGAAACUACGCCAUGAGUUUGACUCCGAGCAGAUUCCUGACCUAACCAAGGAUACAUACAUCCAGGACAUUCACUGCGUGGGUUCCCUCUGCAAACUGUACUUUCGGGAGCUCCCGAACCCCCUGCUGACAUAUCAGCUCUACGAGAAGUUCUCAGAUGCUGUCUCUGCUGCUACGGAUGAAGAACGGUUGGUUAAAAUCCAUGAUGUCAUCCAGCAGCUCCCCCCGCCUCACUACAGGACACUGGAGUUCUUAAUGAGACACUUAGCUCGUCUUGCUGAUUACUGCUCCAUCACAAAUAUGCACACUAAGAACUUGGCAAUUGUCUGGGCUCCAAACCUCUUAAGAUCAAAGCAGAUCGAGUCUGCCUGCUUCAGUGGAACAGCUGCUUUCAUGGAGGUGCGAAUCCAGUCAGUAGUUGUGGAAUUCAUCUUGAAUCACGUGGACGUCCUCUUCAGUUCCAAACUCAGCUCAGUCAUACGAGAUGGAGCAGGGCACAGUUCUUUAUCACGGCCCAAGUCUCUGUUGGUAUCCUCUCCUUCCACAAAGCUGCUCACACUGGAGGAGGCACAGGCACGGACACAAGCCCAGAUCAACUCUCCCGUCGUGGCAGACAGCAGAUACAUUGAAGUAGGAGAAGGCCCUGCAGCUCUACAGGGGAAAUUCCACACGGUCAUAGACUUUCCAUCUGAAAGAAAAAGACCACCCAAUAAGAUGAAGAAGUCGCCAGUUGGCAGUUGGCGUUCCUUCUUCAACUUGGGAAAAUCGUCCUCUGUGUCCAAACGCAAACUACAGCGCAAUCCCAGUGAGCCCUCAGAAAUGAAAGCCAUAGCCCUGGCAGGUGGACGAGGAGACAGCGGGACUCUUCGCUCAGCUAAAAGCGAAGAAUCGCUUACCUCUCUGCAUGCUGUUGAUGGUGAAUCUAAACUGUUUCGACCCAGAAGACCUAGAUCCAGUAGUGAUGCGUUGUCUGCUUCCUUCAAUGGAGAGCUCUUAGGAAACAUGAAUCGCUGCAAUUCUUAUGACAACCUUCCCCAUCGCGACAGUGAUGGGGAUGAGGGGAUCAUCCAUGUUCCUGCCCUUAUUUCUCCUCGCUCUUCUGAAGACGUUGACCUGAGCCCACCAGAUAUUGGAGUUGCCAGCCUGGAUUUUGACCCGAUGUCUUUUCAGUGCAGCCCACCCCAGGCAGAGUCUGAGUGCCUGGAGAGCAGUACCUCCCUGAUGGAGUCAGUCGGCAUAAAUAAGGAGAAGCCGAGCCUAUUUAAGAAGGAUGUAGAAUCAGGCAGCCAGUCCCAGACACCAGGCAGCGCCACAAGCUCUGAGCCAGUUUCCCCUUUCCAAGAGAAGAUGAGUCCCUUCUUUACUAUGGACCUGAGUCCAACUGAAGAGAAGGCCUGCAAACCCCAUGCCUUCUCACCCAAGACGGGGCGAAAGCCCAUCAAAUCUCCACCACUGACUACAUCAGAACCUGUCUCCUUUGCACUGCCCAGCCGCAUGUCAGAACCAACUGGAGGAGUGCCCAUCAUGACCAGAAACUCCUCUGCUUCCAACUGGAGCAAAGGGAUUGGCCUCACUGAAAUCACAAACAGGUCCCCAACCCAGAUGUCCUUGCCCCUGAAAAACAAUGAAACAGGAGCAGGGGAAGGAGCCCACCAAGAGCUUCAGCAUGCCCAGCUAGUGGCUGCUGGCAAACCAGAGUUGCCAGAAGAAGGGGAGAGACCAAUGCCAAGCAGUCAGAAUAAGACUGUACCCACUGGACACACACAGCCAGGAGCAGUUGCCCUCGACUCCCCCCAGGAUCCUGUUCCCGUCAGUUCUGUGUCUCUUAUCCCUCCUCCUCCUCCGAAAAAUGCAGCGCGCAUGCUAGCCCUAGCGUUAGCCGAGUCCGCACAGCAAGCAUCUGCUCAGUCUCAGAAAAGGCCAGGAGAUACUCAUUCUGAAAGCACAAAUUAUGGAGAGACUGAAGCUGGUACAGCUCUAGAAAAGCUCCAUAUCUCUGCUGGUGCUCCAGACAAGCUCCACCUGUAUACCAGUCUGCCUGAGAACCGACUUCACUUCCAGCCUGGCGCACCAGUAGAGCAGGAUUUUCAAGGUAGCAGCACAGCCGGGGAGCAGAACCAGCCGUCAGGUGCACCUGGAACCCGGGACCCCCCGCCUCUCCACAGUGGCAUGCCUGGGGACAUGCCUGCUAGCAGAGAUGCAGAGCAAGAGCCGUCCAGCUUCCACCCUGCUAAAUCGGGGGACAAAGAUCACUUCCCGUCCCACGCUGGGGACUGGGAGCAUGCACACCACCACACCCCGGGUGCACCGCCUGACUGGGAGCCCCCCACACCUGACUUGCCAGUAGAUAAGCCCCAACUCCGUGCAUGCAUGUCCGGGGACAAGCACCUCACUCCCGCCUGCACAGCCGAUGACAAACUUCAGACUCCUCCUGUUGUAGCAGCUGGGGAGAAGAGCACCCCGGCUUCAGUGCCGUAUCUAACAACCAUCCAGACAACAGCAACUGAGCCUAGCCACGGGCCAGCAGGCCAACACGCCGCUGGCCCAGCCACAACUCAGGCAGACAGCAUUGCUACAGCAGCGCAGCGCACGCUCACAGCCAGCCAGCCCGCUCUGUCACAGAGGCAAGAUCACCAGUCAGCAAUGGGACAAGUGCCAGCGGCCUCUACAAAAGCAGCCAGUGGUUCCAGCCAGGUUUGGGGUGCAACUGCACCAGAAAAGUCACCUGAGCCUGCUCCUGUUUUUGCCUCAGAAAGCAGUUCUACUACACGCUGCUCGUCUUCUGUGCCCACAGGCCACCAGAGCCAUUUGGAAAAGCCUCGGGAGAGUACGAGGGCUCCCCCGCUGCACCUGCGUUCCGAGUCCGUCCCUACUCAAUCCUCCUACAGCUUUACACCCCCUGUCCCACCUGUGAGAACACUGGAGAGCAAAAUCGCUGCUGCCAUGCACUCAAAUAACACGGAUGCUAUCAACAACUCCAACUAUCACGCCUUCCUGGCUUCCUCCAUGCUGGCCUCUUCUGUGGAGGAAGCCCUGUUGCCGCCGCCACCACCUCCGCCCCCCAAGCAUGCUUCUCUGCAGUCCGUCUACGUGCCGCAUCCCAAGCCGGAGAGCAUUCAGGAGCCCUCUGGGCCAGACAACUACCUGCACCACAAGCCGACCUCCAUCCACACGUACAGACCCGAGAGUGUUCCUCCUCACAUCUCCUACCACAGCAAACCUGACCAGCACCAAGCCUAUCCUCCUCGCUCUGAGACACCCACUUCUGCAGGCACUCGCUACAACACCUACACAAACCAAGGAAAAAGCACCUCAACUGUCCACUCCAAGCCGCGCAGCCGGACGGAGUUCGUGUCCUCGGUGAGCCCGACGGGCCUGCGUAACACCAGCUAUGCUGAGGACGCCCCACCCUACCCCACCAUCCGAAGGGUUCAGUCGCUGCACGUCCCCACCCCAGCUGCCUCUGCUAUCCGCUCCGUUCCCAUUUCGCGAACCGAGGUGCCUCCAGAUGACGAGCCCGUGUACUGCCCACGGCCCCUCUACCAGUACAAGCCAUAUCAGCCCCACUCCGACUACCACGUGACUCAGCUGCAGCCUUACUUUGAGAACGGGCGAGUCCAUUACCGGUACAGUCCUUAUUCCAGCUCUUCUGGAUCUUCUUAUUACACCACUGCUGACGGGAGCUUCUACGACCUGGACCCCUACAGCACCGUGCGGGCCAGGCCCUUCCACCCCCUGCCCAGCCGAGAUGUCGCCUCCUACGCCUCGCGGCUGCAAAGCAAAGGCCUGUACCGCUACCCCGGCUUGUCUGCCUACCCGCGGGGCGGCCUCAUCAGCCACCUGGCUGGCAAAGAGCACAGCUUUAUCAGCAGAGACGUGCCUCCUGCCCCAGACAUCAAGAACACGUACAUGUCAUGGGACCUCGAGGACAUGGAGAAGUACCGCAUGCAGUCAAUUCGACGGGAGAGCCGCACACGGCAAAAAGUGAAAGGACCGGUGAUGUCCCAGUAUGACAAUGUGGCCCCGCUGCUCCAGGACGAGCUGGGAGGACUGGAUGUCAUUCACUUGCGCAGCAAAUCCGAUCCUGGGAAAACUGGGCUCCUCACUGUGGCAGAAGGGAAGGAGGGGAGGUACCCAGCCAAAGCAGCUACACCCGAGGGGGACGAACGCUACUACAUGCAGCACCCCGAGCCAGAGCUGGACAGAGCCCACUACCAUGGGGCCUACGGGAACGGCCCGUCAGAGAAGCCGUCCCUUCCCCAGAAGCAGAGCAGCAUCCGGAGCAGGAAGCUGCACGAGCCUGGCAGCAGCACAAACGAACACAGGACACACUUGCAGCAGGAGGGAAGCCAUAGGCAGCCUUCCGAAUCCAAAAACGGGCCCCCUUAUCCUGACUACAGGCCUAAAGGCGGCCCCGAGCCCUCCGAGUCCGUCGGUUACCAGCACUCGGGCGGGAAGUACAUCCCAGCGAACCAGGAUACCCUGAGACUGAACCACAAGGAGGUGAGGUUAGCAGAGGACAGGCCAGAUUUGGAAAGGUCUCGAGCCAAACCGACCACGUCCAUGGAGAAACACUCCAGAGACUGCUAUAAGGAAGAGGAGCACGCGGCCUCACCCAUGGCACCACCGCCCAAGCCUGAACGGAGCCACAGCCUCAGGAUGCAGCACCCCGAAUCCGUGGAGAGGGACUCUGCCCUCCUCUACCCGUACCAAACCCUCGGGAAACGCCAAAGCACUAUGACUGUGGUGUCCCAGUACGAUAAUUUGGAGGAUUACCAUACCAUGCCUCAGCACCAAAGAGGGGGCUAUGUUGGAGGAGGGGGGUUCGUGCCCCCCACUUUUACCCACAUGCACAGUAGGACUUACGCCACAGCCCUUGGCCAGGGGGCCUUCCUCCCAACGGAGCUGUGUUUGCAGAGGCCCGAAACAGAGGUCCAUGUUGAGUGAGCUGGUGUGGGGGGAAGGAGGGAUAGAGUCUAAGCAGCCCCUGCUGGACAGUGGACUGUUUUAUUUUUUCAGUGAUGGAAAAAAAAAAAAAUCCUGCCCCGAUGAGCAAAGCAAACCCCCUUCAGCCCUCCCUCCCCCCCCCCCCAGCCCACCACUCACUGUUUUUAUGUAGUAGAGAUAUAGCUUUUUCAUGUAGUUUGAGAUAACUGGAAUGGUAAGGCAGGCUGUUGGCGCCCAGAUGUUGCCAGAGAGGACAGGCAGAGCUGAAAGAUGCUGCUGGGGGCAGGGGGAAGGGAAAAGAAGUUUUUCCUUCCCUGGAUUUGAUGUUGGCAGUUACCACCGCUUCCUCACCAUGCCUCUGUAGUCCUGUGCAUGAUGGACUGUGCAUGCUGCUGUUCUUGUGAGCCCCGUGUGUCGCCCUUCCCACUGUUAGCUUCCAAGAAAGGGUCUCCGUGACACGCCUCGGACAAGCCACUCUUCUACCCCCGCUGAGGUUAUGCAGCACGAGGGUGUGGGGGGAGGCUUCCGAAGUAUUUUUUUUUUCUUGAUAAAUGCCAAGGUCCUGCCUCUCCCUUGAAAAUUAGUGCUUAGGCAUAGUGGAUCUUCACUGCUUGGAAGUGGGUGGGAGCCUGUUUUGACUUCAGCCUGUGGAAGAAGCUCUGAAGCAAGUUCACGAUACAGCACACUUCUUAAAUUGCUUGCUUAACAAGUUGCUUCUGGCUACAAGAAGUCAAAUUAAAAUUUCUCUAGUGUAAGCGGAGGCCAGCUAUAGAAGCCAAGUAGGGCACAGGUCUACAUUUCUCAUAGCAAAAGAAAAAAACAAUACAAAAAAAAAAAAAGCACACACACUUGGGAGCAGCACACCCAUUUCACGCCGAUUCCUCCUAUACUGCUAGGCUAUCUACAGUCCAGAUGAUUUAAUACCACGUUGAGGCUGGCCAGACAGCAUCCUUUAGUUACAAAAAAAAAAAAAAAAAAAAAAAAAAAAAAAAAACAUAAUAAUAAAAACCACUUCUAAUAGCGUUACGUCCAGCUUGUAAAUUGGAGCACACGUUUCUAGCUGGGAAUGCCUGUGUAAGUGCUGAGUUACCUGCAUGCCCAGCUAUUUGCCCAGGGCCAGACCCUGCAGCUCUUAGAUCAGGGAGUGCUCCUAGUGACCCUAAACUGAAGGCCCUGCAGGACACAGCUUUCUGUAACCUUUCAGUUCUGCGUUGGCAAGGGAAUCCCUGUCAAGUCGUGGCACACGCAGAGUAGUUACGUGCUGUCUGUGCGCUGUGAAAUAGUUUUGCCUCCCGUAUUGCAAGCGUAGAGCACACCAGUAUUCAGUUAGCACUAGGGACAGAAGGCCAGUGCACUCUAUAAUACACUAAUAACAUUGUCCUAGGUAUUUAAAAGCUUUCCGUAUUGUGAAAGAAGCCAGGCACCCACUGGUGUACAGCCUCCCAGACUUCCCAAGCCUAACUACAACCCCACCUUACAAAGCACAUCCAUUUCAUAUUAGGCAGGGCUUGCACGAAAUACUUGAGGUUUAGGACUUUUUAAAUGCUCACUGAGAAAUACCAAGGCUGUUCCUGUUCCAUGUGGUUGAAGAACUUCUCUACCCAUUUCAAAUCUCUGAUGUUUUAUUAAAAAUCUGGAGGUCCUGCAGUUAGCACGCAGCCGUGAAAGUUAAAGGGAACUUUUAUUAGAUUUAUCAGAUGGUUGGUUGUUGUUUUUGUUGGUUUUUUUUGAACAAAAGUUUCAUGGCUAUUUUAGGGUUUUUAAAUCUUAAAGAAAAUGUGGUUCUAGUAGCUAACCAGUCUCUAGCUGUUUGCUUCUUUUACUCUUGUAGCCUUGUCUAGGGCUGUUUCAGUAACAGUACCUUAUGGUCCUAUUUUAUUGUGCAAUGUUGUUGUUUUAAGUGUUUUGUUUAGAAGAGUUGUUACAUGUUACAGAAAUAAAUCUGGCAGUCAGAAAAAAAGAAAAAAAUGCACUGUGAUUCAGGUUACCGUAACCUCCUCGUGAGUAAUUACCAGGUAGAAGGGUUUGUUUCUUGGUGGGGGAAUGCUUUUUGUAAUGUUUUCUUUUAUGGGAAAAAAAAAAGAUGCAGAGAAAGGGGCCCUUAGGUGAGCCAAGCUGUGGGCCAUCCUGCUCCAGUGCUAGCUCCCCAGCAGAGGCUGACCCAUCCCGCUUCCUCGCCACAAGUGAGCCAAGGGAGGCCGGGUUCAGGACGUGCGCUCUCCAGCGAGGCGCGUACUUCCCCAGGACUGGUACCAGUCCUCAACCGCUGCAGCACAGACCCGCCCCCCUCCCCCCAGCUGCCAGGUACCUGCCGAGGUCUCCAGUUGAAGCAGGGACAACGCGUUUGGUUCAGGCUAUUUGGGAUUCAGGUAACGAGAGCUGUAGGUCAAACCUCUCUCUCCAUGAAAGCCUUAACUCCCCGCUCCUGCCCCCCAGCACCUCUCCUAACCUCCAUUUUGGCCUUACGUUAAUCAGGACUGUCCUUCUGCUACCAGGGGGCUGAGCGCGGCCCCCACUAUUGUAAAUGCCUCUCUGGAUGUUCCUGCUCAAAGCCACCAUCUCCCUUUAGAUACCAAGUGCCAUCCCUGGACACUUUCUGCUCCCCAGAAACCUGCCUGAGCCUGGGCUCUUCCACGCACAGCAUCGUGUGAAGUGCCAGGUGCUAAGCACCCUCUCGCCCCCGUGGGAACAAAAGCUUUCAGCACCUUUCAGAAAGAGCUCCUGGAAGUACACAUCUGUACUCCUAGAGGGGUGCUCCAAACAGCCUUCCCUCAAGAGCAAAAAGCAUUUUAAAAAGGCACACAGCAGAAAACUUAACCCAGCGUCCUCCCCACCCUGUGCACAGCCACAUCAGUGCGUAUUUUCAGGGCUGCAAGCUCUCAGAGACUAACCUCUCUAUGCCAGUGUUGGGCCACAGGUACAAGGCAAGGUUCAGGUACCAGCUUUCCCCAGACAGUCCUACAGCUGAGCACCUUUCAUUGGUGUCGCCACCGACCACAGCUCAACCAUCUGCAGUGAUGCAGCAGUCAUCCCGCGUCCACCCCACACGAAGCCAUAUAGUGAACUAUGCAGUUCUGCUCUUGCACUGUGGUUAAUCUGAUGGUCCUUAGAAAGAGUUUUUCCAUCCUCAUUAAUUGAUAAGUCAAAACAUCCAGCUACAUCUUUCCAAAAUCACAGCCGAGCUAUAUAAAAGGGCACUGUGCAUCAGCGCAAGGAGGGGAGUUUACACCACAUGUCUAAAUAAGGUGGAUGAUCUGGAGGUAAGUUCUUAGCAUCCUAGCAGAGAAAGGGGAGAGACCAAGGGGAUGGCAAGGCAAAUAAAUAAUACUAAUUGCAAGGCCAGUUCUGCUCAGAUUAAUUUAUUGCCUAGCCUUAUCUCCAGCAAGAUGACAAGCAGCUAUGGUUUUAAAUAAUUCCCUUACACUUGCCACAAGCUAGCUACAUCCUAACUUGCCACUUCCUAAGUUUUCAGCUGAGUUUCUUCCUUAGUGCAUGCAAGAGUUAGGGUCCAAUAACGUACUCCAGCUCUGGUUUUCCACCUUGGAGCAGAAUGCGUGACCCACAGGAGACCUUUCUUGGCGAAGGGAGAGUGCAGACAUUAGGUGAGUAAUGAGGACCUAACCCCUAUAAAGUCUUAAGUAAAGCAUUAAUUUCUAAUUUUUAACAAAACUUAGCAGGUGAAAUCUAUAUGCAGAUGUGACAAAAGACCCACAACGUUGUGCCUAUGUCUUUCCAGAGAUCCUCAUUGUAUGCUCAUCGUUUGAAAGGGGUCAGCAAGGAUUGCACAGUGGUAGUAAGUUGCUACACAAAACCAAAACUAACCUGAAAACAUUCUGUUCCUCUUUAACCCCAGAAGGGACAGAACCUCACGUGUACUUUGCCGUUCCUCAGUACGUCAACAGGGCAUAGACCGAAGUGAUGUGUUACGUGUUAGGCAAUUCAGAUGAGAAGUAGUUUUACUUUCUUUUGUUAAAGGCGGCUUAGGCAUGCACCUCUUUUCCCAGAACCUCGUGCUACGGAAACCCAGUGUUGAAAGGCAUGGUCUGGUUUAAACAAACGUACGCCAGAAUACCUUUGUGUGCAGUCUUGCCUCGUCCAGUUUGUUGGGAGGGUGGGGGGGGUGGGAGAAAAGGGUUGUUUUGCAGUUCAUUUUCCUGCUGUAGAAGACUUGGUUUUUCUUUCCCUGAGCCGCAUGAGAGAAAUGUCCCAGAAAGUCUUGGGUUACCUUUGGAGAUCCCUUCACUUUAAUUUAUAUAGUGUCUUUUUUUUGUGAACUGGUGUAAAAUGUAUAUGCCGACGAGCUCAUGUAUUUUUAUGUAAAUAUUUUUUGUGGUUUCCCCACUGCCCUCCUCUGUAAAUAUUUAGAAUUCUCAUAUUCUUCUCACCUUGUAUGAUGCAGAUGUGGUUUUGUUUCUGUUUUUUAUUUGUACUGUAAUGCAACAAUCCAGACUGAAGUGUCUUGUGGUAUUAAACAAAAGCAACAGUCCCACUGAGCUCACACUCAGAUGUACAACUUGACAGCAUUAAUCAAGCCAGGUUAAAAA